AUGUCUGUAGAAACACCACCACAACCACAUCCACAAGAAGAACAGGUAGAUAAUACCGACGAACAAUUAGAUAAUACCGACGAACAAUUAGAUCACCUAAUUUCAGAAUGGGAUAGAAGAAGAUAUGUUCCCAAACCAGGAGAACCUGCACUCCCACCUCAAAUCUCCCAAUUCGCCAACAAGACCACUGACGAAGUAAUGAAGGAAUUAAAUAGAUUGCCAUUCUUCAUGACUCAGUUGGAUGAAACUGAUGGUGAAGGCGGAGAGAAUGCAAAUCUUGAAGCUCUUAAAUCGUUGGCAUAUGAGGGUGAGCCAGAUGAAAUUGCUACUAAUUUUAAGAAUCAGGGUAAUGAAUGUUAUAAAUUCAAGCAAUAUAAACAUGCUAUAGAAUACUACACUAAAGGUUUGGAUGUUGAUUGUGGGGUUGAUAAGAUUAAUUCUGCGUUAUAUUUGAAUCGAGCUGCUUGUAAUUUGGAAUUACAUAAUUAUAGAAGAUGUAUUGAAGAUUGUAAGAAAUGUUUAGGGAUUGAUGAGAAGAAUAUCAAGGCUUGUUUUAGAUCAGGGAAGGCAUUUUUCUUGAUUGAUAGGUUUGAUGAAGCAAUUGGAGUUAUAGAAUAUGGAUUAACCAUCGAUGCAAACAAUAAAGAUCUUUUGAAUUUAUUACAACAAGUCAAAACCAAACAACAAAAACUUGAAGAAAUCAGAAUCAAGAAAGAAAGAGAAGAAGAAGAAGCAAGAAUGAAACAAGAAAUAUUAGAAAAUUCAAUUAAAUUAAGACAUUUUGAAAUCAUCAAAACUUCAAACCCUGCAGAAUCCUUAAAAUCUUCAAAAAUACGAUUGGAAGAUCCAAAAGAUUAUGAGUCGCAAUUAAUCUUCUCCGCGAUGAUUUUAUACCCAACCACAGAUGAAUUCGAUUUCAUAGACGAAAUAAGUGAAUUAACCACCCCCUUGGAGAUUUUGGAAAUGGUUUUGAAUAGACCUAGAGAAUGGUUUGAAGAUCCAAAACAUAAGGAUUUCUCAGUUAAGAAAUUAGAAUGUUUUAUGGAAACUGAAUCAGGUGGAUUAAUUAAGGUUGGUAAAAAAAUUGAAAUCAAUAAUGCUUUGAUGAAUGAUAAAUCAAAAGCUCCAUUGUUUGAUAAUGCACUUAGACUUUAUGUGGUGCCUAAACCAGAUGUUCCAGAUUGGUUGUCACAAUGGAAUAAACAAGCCGCAUUGGCUGCACGUAAAUAG